UUCCCUGCGGAACCGCGCGGACCCCGGCUCCCAGUCUCCAGCCCGCCUGUCGCCGCCUGCCGCACCCGCGCCCUCUGCGCCCUCCGGUCCUCACGACCAGCCAUUGAGUACCCAGCUGGGCCUGGCCGCGCGCCCCUCCCCAGCCCGGCGCCUUCUCCCAGCGCCCAGACCCUGCGUCCUGCGGACCUGCCGGGUUUCUCCUUCUCAGCGCCCACCGUGCCCACCCGGGAACCUCCGAAGCCCCGGCUGUGGAGGAGGUCAAGGCCGCGCCAGGGAAGAUGUACCAGAGCCUGGCGCUGGCCCCGAGCCCCAGCCAAGCCGCCUACGCGGAUUCGGGGGCCUUUCUGCACAGCCCGGGCGCCGGCUCCCCGGUGUUCGUGCCGCCGGCGCGCGUCCCCUCCAUGCUGCCCUACCUGCCGGCGUGUGAGCCGGGCCCGCGGGCUCCCGCGAUCGCCGGGCAUCCCGGCUGGGCGCAGGCAGCCGCGGCGGACUCGUCGGCGUUCGGCUCCCGCAGCCCGCACCCGCCCGCCGCUCCGCCGCCCGGGGCCACCGCCUUCCCCUUUGCGCACAGCACCCCGGGACCUGGCGGCGGCGGCGGCGCAGGGGCCCGGGACGGCGGCGCCUUUCAGGGCGCGAUGCUGGCUCGCGAGCAGUACCCGGCCCCGCUCGGGCGGCCCGUGGGCUCCUCGUACCCCACCGCGUACCCGGCCUACGUGAGCACCGAGGUGGCCCCGUCUUGGACCUCUGGACCCUUGGACGGCAGCGUCCUGCACAGCCUACAGGGCCGCCCGGCUGGCCUCCCGGGCCACAGAGCCACCUUCGCGGCCGACCUCCUGGAGGAGUUCCCUGGCGAGGGGCGCGAGUGUGUCAACUGUGGGGCCCUGUCCACGCCGCUGUGGCGCCGGGACGGCACCGGCCACUACCUGUGCAACGCCUGCGGUCUCUACCACAAGAUGAACGGCGUCAACCGGCCCCUCACGCGGCCGCAGAAGCGCCUGUCGUCCUCACGCCGGGCCGGUCUCUGCUGCACCAACUGCGGCACCACCAGCACGACGCUCUGGCGGCGCAGCGCGGACGGCGAGCCGGUGUGCAACGCCUGCGGGCUCUACGCGAAGCUGCACGGGGUACCGCGGCCCCUGGCGAUGAAGAAGGAAAGCAUCCAGACCCGGAAACGGAAGCCGAAGAGCAUCUCCAAGACCAAAGGCUCCUCAGGAUCCACAGGGAGCACCACAGCCUCCCCGCCAGCCUCUGUCCCUGACCUGGAGAUGUCAGCGGCCACUCUGAAACCUGAGCCCAGUCUGGCAUCCCCUUCGUGCCCCGGGCCCAGCGUCACCUCCCAGGCCUCCACACAGGUGGACGACACCCUGGCCCCCAGCCACCUGGAGUUCAAAUUCGAGCCCGAGGACUUUGCCUUGCCUUCUGCAGCCCUGGGCCCCCAGGCCGGCCUCGGCGGGACCCUGCGCCAGGAGGCCUGGUGUGCGCUGGCCUUGGCCUAG